CCCAUCCCAUCCCAUCCCAGUAUCGGGUUUUGAUUUUAUUUUGGGGUUUUUUUUUUUUAUUUUUCUUUUUUGUAAUUCUUAAUCUCACAAUAAUUCUUUAUUUUAUUUCAUGCUUGUUAGUAUUUUCUUAUUUCCUUAUUUUCUUAUUUUUUUUUUUUCAAUUAUGUGUCCGCCCCCCACCAUUUUUAUUUUACCUUCUUUCUUUUUUUUUUUUAAUUAUGGAUAUUUUCUCCUUUUGGUCAUGAUGAUGAUGAUGAUGAUUAUUUUAUUUUUAUUUGACUCCAGUCUGGUUUUCGUUUCACACCGCCGGAUCUGCUGUCAAGUCCACCAACGGUUCGACGUACGAUCGUCUCUUUGCUCCUCGCCAGCAAUAAAUAAUGCCUAGGAAAUAAUAAUAACCAGCAUCGUUCCUGGACCUGGCUCUGGCUUGGGUUCUUCUUCCCUUCUGCAUUCCUC